GGAUUUGGGAAAUCGGAUAGAGACAGAGAUAGUGCCGCUUCUUUCGCUUUCUUGUAUGAUCUUGUGAGAAGUGAAAAGGUUAGUGAUCAGUAUUAAAGAUGAGUAAAACUUUCAAUUCUGUUGAUUAUAUCCUCAAGGUGCUGGAGGGGACAUGGGGGAAUGAUGGUGAUGAUGCUGCUGAAGAAGAAGAUGCAUUUCGUGAUCCAUUUGAAAACCUCAAGGUUGAAUUAAGACUUCUGAGAACAUUUCUCAAAUACGUAGGAAAUUGGAGGGACACUGAUGACAUGAUUCAGGCUGACUUUUUGGUCCUUGAUGCUGAAUUUGAAGCUGCACUCUCUGUUGUCAAAAGGGAUCUCAGCACUGCUUCUUAUCAGAAAGGGUAUGAAAGAAGUGCUGAAUUCUUGGAUUCUGCAAUUGCUCAACUACAAGAAAAGAUUACCUUUUUCAGGCGAAAAGUUAUGAAAAUCUAUGAGUACGUGACCAACUAUUCGUUCCAAUCAGAGCCUCCUCCCCUGACCAAGUCUCGUCAAUGGAAUGAGUUCUUUGACUCUUUGGAGCAGAAUCUCAAGGAUCUUCUCCAUGGGAAGUACAAGUUAAUUGAUCCUGUCUUGGUUAGAGAAUUGAUGGCCCUUGAAGAAAAUGUCAUACCCUUCAAAGAAUUAGCAUGGUGGAGCAUUCGUGGUGCAGAUUUUGUCGAGAGCGAUGUUUUGGUGCAGUUUGCAGAGCUUGGUCUCCAGGCAGCACAUCUUUCUUAUUCUUGUUGGUGUGAUAAGAUGGAUGAUGAAAAGAUUUCCCUGUUUACAGACAGGGUUGUGAUGCUAAGUGAUCUGCAAAAGAAGUUGAAGCUCAAUACUCCACAAGUUGCAGAUAUUUAUCUCAAUGUUCUCAGAGGCAUAAAGUCAUACCCAGACUGGGCAAAGGCAGAAGUAGUUGAUUACUUUGUUGAUUUUCUUGUUCCUAAGAAGGAUCAACAACUGGAAAUAAUCAAUCAGGGAUUUGUUGAAUUCAUAUUAUUUCUGUUGGAUUCAUGUGACGCGUUGUUCAAUAAGGAUGAGGUGCAGUUGCUCUUGAGGGAUGUUGUCGUAGUGGCCAUCCAGAUUGGAUCUAUCGGCUGCUCAAUGACCGAGAAUAUGGAUGAAAAGAAUGAGGUUGCACUGUAUAAGUUGCAUUCGAAAAUGGAGCUUCUCAAGGCUGAGGCAUUCCUCAGUGUGGUAUUGAAACCAGAAGAUGCAACAGUCUGUUAUGAGGAGAGGAUUGAUGCUCAUCGGGAGGGACUGAAAUUGUUGAGAAAACUUCUGACAGAUUCACCACAGGGAAAAACUGAAAGCAAUAAGACAAUCUGGAUCCAUAUUUCAGCUUUGGCUAAGGAGGUAAGGUUUGCUGUUAGCUCAUUGAAAGGCAAAUCAUUUGCACGCAGGCAUCGUGAUGUGCUUGAGGUGCUUAAAGUUUUCCUGACUGAGGCAUUUUUCACGGAGCUACUUAAUAGUCAACCUUAUUCAGAUUUAAUGAUUCAUGAUAGGGAGAACAUUGAAACCAUUUAUGGGGGGCUAAUAUUGAUCAGAACAUUUCUAAUGGGUCCAGGAGAGAAGAAUGAGGAGCUCUUGUCUGGGGUUGUAUCAGUAUCUAAAUUUGUAAGAUCUCUCUAUGACUCAUUCCUUGCCAGCAACUUUAGAGAAGAUUUGGUUGGGAAUAUAAAUCUUUUACUCCCUAAGUUGGUAAAAAGGAUUAAACCCCUCAGGGAAGAGAUCAAAAAUAUUUAUUUGCAACAACGAAGCUCAAUGGAUUAUAACUUCCCCAGGACUAAUGGAGUGGGAUUUAUGGACUUCCUCUUGGGAAAUCUGGGAGUGCUUUACAGGAAAAAAGAUCUGGGGAAGCGGUUUAUUGAUAAAUUCGAUUCUAAUGCUUGCAUGAAGCAUUAUGUUGAAGCCCUAUCCAGACAGGUGAAGAUCAUGAGAUCUCUUCUCAAGAAUAUAAUUGAGCAGUAUAAUGAGCACUCAGACUUGAAUGAUCUCCGUUCAUGCGUAAUAGAUAUGGCAUAUGAGACAGAGUAUUUUAUUGACAAAAUACUGGUUGGCGGUUGUGUUGAAUGGUAUCAUGCACUAUGGUUUUCUGAUCUCAUAGAGGAGUUUAAAGUCAUAAAACUUCAGGCUUCAGCAAUCUUUGAUAAGAUGUAUAGUAUUGAGGUCCAUAAUGUUGUGCAUACUUCGGGAAGUUUAAUCUCACCAGCUAUUGUGCCCAAUGUGGAUGAAGUUGUGAUUGAUCUUGAUGAUCAGGCUGAACUGAUUAUGGAUCGACUUACAAGAGGAACAUUGCAACAACAAGUCGUUUCAAUUGUUGGCAUGCCUGGACUAGGUAAGACCACUCUGGCUAAAAAGGUAUACAAUGAUCCUUCGAUUACCUAUCACUUCCAUAUUCGGGCAUGGUGUUAUAUUUCUCAAGUGUAUCGUAAAAGAGAAUUGUUACUUAACAUAUUAAGUGACAUUAUGGAACUUACUAAUGAUGUUCUUGAACUGAGUGAGGAUGAUUUAGAGUUCAAGUUGUACCAAUGUUUAAAGAACAGAAAGUACCUCAUAGUUUUGGAUGAUUUGUGGAGCAGAGAGGCAUGGAAUGACUUAGAAUUUUCACUUCCGGAUGACAAAAAUGGAAGCAGAAUAUUGAUUACAAGUCGUCUUACUGAUGUAGCUUUGACGACAAAAUCUGAUAGUAUAGCUCAUUCACUUCGUCUGUUUUCUGAUGAUGAAAGUUGGAAUUUAUUGCAGAAGAAGCUUUUCAAUCGAAAAGAUUGUCCUGAUGAAUUGGUGAACCUGGGAAAGAAAAUAGCCAGAGGUUGUAAAGGUUUACCUCUUGCAGUUGUUGCAAUAUCUGGUCUCCUUCAGAGAACUGGCAAGAAGCAAGAUUGGUGGGAAACAGUUGCGAGAACUUUAAGCUCAUGCAUUGCUGAUGAUCCAGAAAUGAGGUGCAUGGACAUCUUAGAGCUAAGCUACUCACAUUUGCCAACCUAUCUGAAGCCAUGCUUUCUGUACCUUGGAGCGUUCUUGAAGGAUAGAGAAAUUCCAGUUUCAAAGUUGACACGUCUGUGGAUAGCUGAAGGUUUUGUACAGAAUCCAGAGCUAGACAGUUUAGAACACCUGGCAGAGAAAUACUUGAAUGAUCUAAUUGGUAGAAGCCUAGUAAUAGCUUCCAAAAGAAAGUCCAAUGGUGGAGUCAAAACACGCCAUGUUCAUGACAUGCUGCGUGCUUUGUGCUUAGUUAGAUGCAAAGAGCAAAACUUUUUGCAUUCGAUAACUGGGUAUGAUGAACUUUUUGCUUCUUCCCAUGAGAAUUUAGAUUAUGGUGUUGAUCCUGGUUAUUGUCAUCCUUCAAUUUCCAUUACAUACAAAAAAUAUCGGCUGUCUAUUUGUUCAAGACGAAAGCAUUUUGCUAUGUCAAUGCCUUCUGGGCCAUGUGUGCGCUCUUUACUCUUUUUUGCCACCAAUGAUAUGUAUCCACGAUGUCCUUACAACGUUGGCUUCAUAACAGACAAUUUUAAACUUCUCAGGGUGUUGGAUUUAGAGUGCAUCAACAUGGGCCAUUGUUUCCCUAGGGGAUUGGAACAUUUGGUUCAUUUGAGGUAUUUAGCUGUUUGUGGUGACUUAGACUCUAUUCCAGCAUCAAUAUCCUGCCUCUGGAAUUUAGAAACUUUGCUUGUGAGGGGAUUGAAAGGUAAAGUUGAUCUGCCGCAUACGUUUUGGAGCAUGGUGAAGUUGAGACAUGUGCAUGUAAAGAGCUUUACUUCCUUUAGUUUCGUCAAAGAAGAUUCAUCUCAGUUAGAUAAUCUUGUUACUCUUUCCUCCCCAGUUCUCUUUUCUGGGGAGGAAACAGAGAAGUUGAUGAGGCAGUUACCCCAACUCCAGAAACUGGGAUGCAUAUUCUCAGAAUCUAAAGUUGAUACUGGUAAAGGCUAUGGGUUCCCACUCUUGGGCUUUCUAACACAACUUGAAGCACUCAAGAGAUUGGGAGGUUACCCAACCUUGAGGUUCUCAAAUUACUUUCUAGAGCCUUUGAGGGUGAAAGAUGGAACAUGAAAGAAGGAGAGUUCCUUAAGCUUAAAUUUUUAAAACUUGACACUCUAAACAUUGCUCAAUGGAAUGCCUCUGCUGAUCACCUGCCCAAGCUGCAACAACUUGUGCUGCGGAAUUGCAGGCACCUUGAGGAGGUUCCCUCUGGUUUUGCAGAUAUCCCUACAUUGGUCAUGAUUGAGAUGCAACUGUGUCGAAGCUCAGCCGAAGAGUCAGUCAGAAUUCUGAAGGAGGAACAACUGGGAUUGGGGAUUGAUGACUUAAAGGUCCUCAUCAAUUGUUGAGACUCAGGUUUCAGAUUGUCUCAAUCAAGUCAGUGGAUGCUCACUUUGUAAAUCUUCAUCUUGCUAUGUUUCAGCUUUGGAAAGUUUGCAUCAUUAGUUGACGACUAAUUUGUUUGCCCUUUCCCAUGGUCUCUAAAAUUGUUUGGUGUAACACUUUUGUAGUUAAUAUUGUCUGUUCAUCAGGCAGUUCAGUAAGAGGUAAAGUUUGUUUCAGUAUAACA